CUCGGAAUGAAACACUGACUGACAGUCACUGAACAUCUUGUGAAAGUUAAACCGCUUCAAACCUGGCAGAACAGUUGCUAUGGAGUUGUUGGACAGAAAAUCAGACUCGACGAGCAUUAACAUGCCUGUGACCCUUGAGCCUAUGAUGGAGGAAACGCUGAGAGAAGACCUGAGAUACUACUUCAUGAGUCCCUGUGAGAAAUACAGAGCGAGACGACAACUACCGUGGAAGCUGGCUGUGCAGAUUUUAAAAAUAGUUAUGAUUACGACUCAGCUUGUUCUCUUUGGCCUAAGCAACCAGCUUGUGGUGGCCUACAAGGAAGAGAACUUGAUGGCUUUCAAGAAUUUGUUCCUGAAGAGCUACAGUGGUGUAGAUGAAGAUGACUACAGCGUGGCUGUUUACACCAAACAGAGUGUCAUUGAUAAUAUAUUCUAUGUCUUAGAUCAGUAUUCUCAGUUAGACCAGCUGUCUGUGGGCCCUGUUAGCUAUGCUGGGGAGAAUGGGAAGCUACUGCCCUUGGUCAUCUGUAAAGAGUACUACAGACUGGGCAAGGUGGAGCCGUCAGAUGGGUCCUACGAUAUUGAUGCCCAAACUGAGAAAGUUUGCUUGACUUUGGAUCCCAAGUCUGUUGCAACAUGGAGAACAAAGAGUUCCACUUUCUUCGAGCUGGAUUUUUACAGGCUUGUCAAUAUUGAGAUCUCUUUCACACUUAAAGGAAUUAACCUACAAACCGUAAGAUCGCAUGAGCCGCCUGACUGUUACAUGUUUGCUGUGACGAUUAAAUUUGACAAUCAGUGCCAUAGUGGGAAAGUGAAAAUUACCCUGGAUCUUAAUUCUGUUAGUGGUGCAUGCAAGAACUGGAAGAUAUCUGGAACUGCUCAGAAGAACACUCACUACCUCCUGAUCUUUGAUGGCUUCGUUAUUUUAGUGUGUCUCACUUCUGCUGUGCUGUGCUUUCGCUCCAUUGUUCUGGCAAUUAGAUUACUUCAGAGAUUUUCCAAGUUUUGCCUAAAAAAAUACAACCACAAAGUAUGUGAGGAUGACCAAAGAGAAUUUUUAAAUGGCUGGUAUGUCUUGGUAAUUAUCAGCGAUGUUAUGGCAAUCAUAGGAUCUGUACUGAAGAUGGAAAUACAGGCAAAGAGCAUGACUAGCUAUGAUGUGUGUAGCAUCUUUCUGGGAACAUCCACACUCAUGGUGUGGGUUGGUGUCAUCAGAUAUUUGGGAUAUUUUCAGAAGUACAAUGUUCUUAUCCUCACUAUGCAAGCAGCCCUGCCAAAGGUGCUACGCUUCUGCUGCUGUGCAGGAAUGAUCUAUCUGGGCUACACAUUUUGUGGGUGGAUCGUCCUGGGGCCCUAUCAUGAAAAGUUUGAGGGUCUGAGCCGUGUUGCUGAGUGCCUCUUCUCUCUUGUGAACGGAGAUGACAUGUUCCCUACGUUUGCAGAGUUCCAACAGAAUAACACUCUGGUGUGGUUGUUCAGCAGAGUCUACCUCUACACCUUCAUAUCUCUCUUUGUCUACAUGGUGCUCAGCCUCUUUAUAGCCCUCAUCACAGACGCUUACGAGACCAUCAAGGAGACCAGAUUCCCCUUGACCGAGCUGCAGCUGUUCCUGAGGACAGGGAAGGAUUUCCCCCUGCCGGAGGGGGAGGAUGAUGGUGGGAGCGGAGAAAAUGGUGGCCCCUCGGUCACGCUGUGUUGCUGCACAAGAGUUCCCAGAGAGGAUACCGUUAUGCUUAUCAGCUAACAGCGCCUGUAGAGACCACCUCAGGAUGCAGAAAUUAGCCAAGACGAGGCCAUGUGCAGUGGCAAAAACUGUGAAUGUGAUCUCUGCUGUUUUACAGUAUACUUCUAUUACAGUGUACAUACUAUACACCAUCCAUCUAGUCCAGUGGAGGAAAGGAAUACUGCCUAAUUCACUUGAGUAUGAGUGAUGAGGAAAAUGAUUACUCGCAUUAGCCAAAGGAAAGAAGACUAAACAUCAAUAACAUCCACUACAGAGGACUACAAUAUAAUUAAGAUGCAAGACGAAAAAAUUUACCGUGUCGGAUGACAUGCAGAGGAAAUAUCUAAUGCAUCUUAAUAUGAAGUGCAAUAUUAUCCCUUCCAUGUGGAUAAUGGGAAAUACUGUAUAACUGGGGGAAGGGGAAUGUGUUCAAUGCAAUUAUUUAUUAACACAGGUUAUCUCCUUGCCUCGGAAAAUGCAUUAAGGCUGUAAUGCAUCAUUAAUGUUUAAUGAUGAUCUGUACAGCGGUGAUGUUUUGGCUGCGUCUGUGUUUUCCAUUACAUGCAUUUGUUGAACGACAGGUAACAAAUAGGUAUCUUCACUAUCUGUCAUGUUUACACUUUUCUAGAACAUUGUCUCCAUAUUUGUGAUCUUUUGUCUCCUUGUCUGUAUUUUGACUCUGUAUCUAAUGGUUAAUGGCUUGUUUUUUUAUAUUUUACCUAAUAUCUCAAAAUAAUGUUUUUUUUCAAAA